AUGGCAGCCCAGGAGGCUCAACCCUUCCACUGGAAGUACGACGAGUUGGACGACAAGAACUACCGCGUCCAUGGCCACAAUAGCUUCCUCCUUCUCCAUCCUCUUAUGCAUCAUCCUCCUCUGCCUAUCAGCGAUAUCUUCUCGGUGCACUUGCACCGAGCGUCAGGGACCGGCGAGGAGGCGCAGUGCCCCAUUUGCCUGAGUAACUUGAGAGACGGAGACAAGGUGAAGGUGUUGCCCAGCUGUGUAGACAUGGGUUUCGUGUGUGCGUGCGUCGACGCGUGGUCAAGGGCUCACACGAGCUGCCCACCGUGCAGGGCGGGGUGGCUGUGGCUUGAGGGGAAGAACAAUUAG